CAACUACGGUCUCGGUGUUCCUUAUAAAGUGAUGGAUGAGAUCGUUAACAAUCCUGCCCUGACAGACAAGGACAAGAAAACUAAAAUCCUACUCUACUUUCUGCACAAUGUCCCGAUGGCCUCCUGGGAGAAAGUUGCAGGAGUCCUGUACUACAGGAAGGAGGAGAGGGCAUUACAAGCAGUGAAGAAGUUCUUGACUGUCUCGUCAGAGCCAACUCUCACUCCAGAGAACCUCUCCGCAAUUCUAGAC